ACUAGAGGAUUUUUGGGUGAUAAAUUAUGUUAUGUGUGACAUUCGUUAGGUCCAGUGAGGGCGUUGCCCAAACAAUUUAUGUACCCAAACUUUUAUUUUUGAUACGGUUUGGUCACCCAAAACCCAAAACCCAAACCUCAACCAAACCUAAUGGGUUGAAUACUUGAAUCGCAAAUGCAAUGCUGAAACUGUGCUCUAAUGGCGUCCAAUUCCGGACCCAUCUCUCUCUCCACCUCAAUCGCUUGUUUCUAUACUCAACAUCUUCUGCAACUGAAAAUUCUCCCUCUUCUAUGGUGGAUUUCAUGGUUAAAUCUCUGGGUUUUUCAAGGGAAGAAGCAGCUAUUUCCUGGAGUAAGGUUAGUAAAUCAAAUCGCAUUAAAUCCACUCAAAACCCUUAUUUAGUUGUUGAUUGCUUGAAACAACGAGGAUUUAGCAAUACCCAGAUGAAAAGACUUAUACUUUCUUUGCCAAUUUUGCUGAAAUGUAGUGUUGAUAGAACCCUAAUUCCUAAAUUUAAAGCUUUAGAAGAAUUGGGUAUUUCUGGUUCUGAUUUGGCUGAUAUUGUUUCUUCAAAUUCUACAAUUUUAAGAAGGGAUUUUACCAAUCGGAUUAUAGCCAUGAUAAGUUAUGUGAAAUCAAUUGUGGGUGAUGACAAAAAAUUCUUCAAACUUUUGAAGAGAUCAUACUGGUUGAUGAGUGUUGAUAUUUCUGCAGGAUUACAGCCUAAUAUAGAGCUGUUUAGAAAGUAUGGUUUCAGUAAUGAAAGAAUUCUGUUUCUUUUAGUUCAAUAUACUGAGAUAUUUGGGCAUGAUCCUAAAAGGGUUGAAGAGAUUGUAAAGAGGGUCCAUGAGGAGUUUGGGAUUCCUCCCAAGCUGAUUCAGUUUUCUGAUGCUGUUGUAUUGCUAGCUUCGUUGAGUGAGAAAACCCUGGAAACUAAGUAUGGGAUUUUCAGGAGCUUUGGAUGGACUGAUUCUGAUAUUAAGGUUAUGAUGAGGAAGACACCGCGGUGUUUGGUGUUGUCGGAGAAAACAUUCGUGAGCGUUUGAAUUUUUUCAUCAAUGAGUUGGGAUGCCAACCAGGGUACUUAGCAAAUCGUUCGUAUGUGAUGUCAUAUAGUAUGACUGAUAGGGUUUUGCCGCGCUAUACUAUAUUAAAGGUCUUGGAAGAGAGGAAACUUGUCACUGUUAAAGUGGGAAUGUUGACGGCUGUAUGCAGCUGUGAGUCUUUUUUCUUAAACAAGUUUGUGCUACCCUACAAAGAUAAGUUACCUGAGCUCUGUAGAGCUUAUAUUUGUAGGGUAAAAGGGACUUCUACUGCUUAGAUGAGGGAAUUUUGACUGAUCAAGUGACCUGCUUUAAGAGCUGUCAUCAUUUGCUUAGGGGAUGAAGAUACAAAGAAGAAAUGUUGCUCUAUUCUUUCUAGCUACGAGUGGAACAGAAAAAUAAAAAUUUCUGUUUGAUUUUCAAGCUAGGGUGGCUAAUAUAAGAAGCUUCAUCAAAACAGUAUUCAUGCCAGAAAGGUGUGGUAGCUCUGGGCUCUAGCUAUCAUGAAGAAUUGAAGACACUUUUAGCAAAUGGUAAAUGACUGUAUAAGGUGGAGGAACAUCCAUUCUGGUUGGUGGUAGUGUUGCAAUUUGUCAGCUGGUGGUGUUUAGAGGAACAUUAUUGAACACUUUUGUGAUCAGUAAAUUUUUACCCUUAUGUAACUGUGUAUCAGAGUGACUAUUUGAGAAAUUACUUGAUUCAACUUCUCUCUAAGGUUAUACAAAAGCAUUGUCAUAUUGGUUGAGGAUUGAGAACCUAACCGAUCAUUAGUUAGGAUUCUCCUGAAGAAAACCAGGGGUCAGUUUGUGUGCUGCUUACUGCUGGAAUUAUGUUUCUGACAAUGUGGAGAUUCUACACAGUCGCUGUCCUUAAGCAAAGAGAAGACCGUCGUUGUGGACUUGAUUACAAAUAUACAGAGGAGGUAGAACUACUGAACUAGUCUUAUCUUCCAG